AUGACGGUCGACAACAAGGACUCUACCGUUCCUGAAUUUCAAAUUGCAUUCGACCAAGAAAAGUCCCAGACAUGCGACAUCAUUGAAGCUCAACUCCAAAAUGGCGAAGAUGUUGCAGCUCAGUUCCUCGCUCGGCUCGAUCCAGCUAUCGCAGCUGAACCUGUCACCGAGGCGGAAGCGCGCCGUGUACUAUGGAAAAUUGACAUAAUCCUCAUUCCAAUAAUUAUGGCGACGGUCGUGUUGGCCGCGAUUGACAAGGUCAUCAUUUCAAACGCGGCCAUCUAUGGUAUGAAAACCGACACGCAUUUGACUGGAGAUCAGUACUCUUGGGUCGGCUCCAUUUUCUACUUCGGAUACCUCGCCUUCGAGUAUCCAGCAGCACUGCUCAUUCAGCGGCUUCCCGUUGCCAAACUCUUCUCGGCGAUGGUGUUUGGGUGGGCUGUUCUGCUACUGUGCACCGCGGCGACGCAGAACUUUGCGGGAUUGGCCACAGUGCGCUUCCUGAUGGGCAUGACAGAAGCCGCCGUUUUCCCAAUUGCGAGUAUUCUCACUGUCAUGUGGUGGAAGACCAGUGAGCAGCCUAUCCGUGUCGCGUUUUGGUUUAACCAGCUCUCCUCCGUCUUCUCGGGAGUGAUCAGCUACGGUAUCGGCCAGACACACACGGCACUAUCACCCUGGAGACUGCUUUUCAUCGUACUGGGCGUUUUUUCCUUCAUCUGGGCUAUUGUGUUGUAUAUAUUUUUGCCGGACUCACCCGUGCAAUGCUGGUAUUUCUCGGAUCGCGAGAAAUUCGUCUGUCUGGAGCGCGUCAAGGACAACAAUACCGGCAUGGAAGACAAAACCAUCAAGUGGUACCAAGUACGAGAAUGCUUGGUCGACCCGAAGACCUGGCUUCUGGCGCUGUUUUCACUAGCCCAGAAUAUCCCAAAUGGCGGCCUGGUCACCUUUUCCGCUAUUAUUGUGACAGGUAUGGGGUAUUCCCCGUUGAUCACUACCGUGCUGGGUAUCCCCACUGGCGUACUCGCAACGGUGUGGCAGAUUUUGCUAGGCUUCCUCGCUGCUCGCGUGCCAAACUCCCGUUGCAACAUCAUUGCCAUGGCCAACAUUCUCCCGAUGAUCUGCGCGAUCUUGAUGUGGAAAUUGCCACGCGAUGACAAGCAAGGUCUGCUAGCAGCAUACUAUGUCUUCUACACUUACUGGGCGCCCUAUGUGCUGUCAACUUCUCUACCCAUGGCCAACACCAGUGGCCACAGCAAAAAGUUGACCAUGAACGCCAUCUUUUUCUUGGCGUAUUGCAUUGGCAACAUUAUUGGUCCACAAUGUUUCCGAUCCGAUGAUGCGCCAUCGUAUUCACGGGGAUAUGAGGGCCUUCUGGGUUGCCUAGUCGUGGCUAUAGCUUCCAUUUUGGCCUAUGGGGUUCUUUGUCGGUGGGAAAACAGCCGUCGCGAUAAGGAAGGCCAGCUGAAUGUGGAGCCAACGGAAGCUGGUGCAUUUUCUGAUUUGACGGAUCAAGAGAAACGGUCAUUUAGAUACACUUAUUAG